CCUAUUAACCCAUUCCCUUCUCCCCUCACAAAACCCUAAACCCUAGCCGCCGCCACCGCCAUCGCCGUCGCUCCAGCAGCAGCAGCAGCAGCCAUGUACUCCGUUCUCAACCGCGCGGCGCCUCUCCGGAAGCGCGCCGUAUCCGCCCUCGCGGCUGCGCUCCUCCAGCAGCAGCCGGCGGCGUUGGGGGCGGCCCCGCGGCCGCUUGCCGCGGCGACGGCGUGGUUCCACUCGUCGCCGGCGUGGCUGGGGUUCCGUGAGACGAGGGCUGCCGCGGCGGCGGCGCGCCCCGAGUUCGCGGUCGAUGAUGGGCCAUUCUUCGAGGAGGAGAAGAAGGCGGCGGGCGCCGGCGCCGGGGGGGAGGGGCUGGAGGUGGACAAGCUAGGUAUCUCGCCCAAGAUCGUGGAGAGGCUCGCCAAGAAGGGCAUCACCAAGCUGUUCCCCAUCCAGAGAGCUGUCCUUGAGCCAGCAAUGCAAGGAAGGGACUUAGUUGGUCGUGCCAAAACUGGAACGGGGAAAACUUUGGCGUUUGGUAUCCCCAUAUUGGAUGCAAUUAUCCGUCACAAUGAGAAGUACAAACCUGGAAAGUUACCCAUGGCUAUUGUUUUGGCGCCAACUAGAGAACUUGCAAAACAAGUUGAGAGGGAAUUCCUCGAGUGUUCCUCCUUGGAAACAAUCUGUGUAUAUGGAGGCACUCCAAUUAGCCAGCAAAUGAGGAAACUUAAUUAUGGUGUUGAUGUGGUCAUCGGGACACCUGGAAGGGUGAUUGAUUUGCUAAAAAGAGGUGCUCUGAGUUUGUCAGAGAUCCGAUUUGUUGUUCUUGAUGAAGCCGACCAGAUGUUGUCAGUGGGAUUUGAUCAAGAUGUUGAGACAAUUUUGCAGAGAGUGCCUCCGCAACGUCAAACAUUGAUGUUCUCUGCAACAAUGCCAACUUGGAUACGAAAACUCACACAGAAGUACCUCAAAAAUCCUGUUACAGUUGACCUUGUGGGUGAGGAUGACCAGAAGCUGGCUGAAGGAAUUAGCCUGUAUUCUAUCUCUUCAGAGAAUCGUGAGAAACCAGCUGUCCUUGGACAACUGAUUAAGGAACAUGCUAAAGGUGGUAAGUGCAUUGUGUUCACGCAAACAAAAAGGGAUGCUGAUCGAUUGUCACACACCAUGGGUCGAAGUUUCCAGUGCGAGGCUCUUCAUGGGGAUAUCACACAAGCCCAAAGAGAGAGAACACUUGCAGGAUUUCGUGAUGGGCAGUUUAAUAUUUUGGUUGCCACUGAUGUUGCUGCUCGUGGAUUGGAUAUCCCAAAUGUAGAUCUGGUGAUACAUUUUGAAUUGCCAAACUCUUCAGAGUUAUUUGUUCACAGGUCUGGCCGAACUGGCCGUGCAGGAAAGAAGGGUACUGCAAUUGUGCUGUACAACUAUCAACAAAAUAGAUCUAUUCGGGUUAUUGAGAAUGAUGUUGGAUGCAAGUUUACAGAGCUUCCAAAAAUUAAUGUUGAGGGAUCCGACUUGAUGGGUAGUGGCUUUGAUUCCUUCGGGGGUGGAGGAGGAUUUGGUCGUGAAGGGUAUGGAGGGUCGAACCAUGGGCGCUCACGGAGUUUUGGUGGACGUGGUGGCUUUGGCAACUCUUCAGGCCGAAGCGGUGGGUUUGGUGGAUCAGGUGGUGGUGGUGGGUUUGGUCGUUCAAGCGGUGGAUAUGGUGACUCAGGAUUCAGCCGUUCAGGCGGUGGUGGUGAUGGUGGAUUCGGUGAUUCUGGAUUUGGUCGCUCAAGCGGUGGAUUUGGUGACUCAGGGUUCGGUCGUUCAGGUGGUGGGUCCAGCUCAGGUCGGUUUGGUGGUGGUUUGGGUAGUUCUGGCUCAGGCGGUUUUGGCAGCUUUGGCGACAAGAACUCUGGACGAUCUGGUGGAUUUGGCAACUCGUCUUAGUCUCUCAACAUCUGAACUAGGGCAAAAGCAAUAACUGCUACUCUACUGAAUGAAUAUCAGAUUCAGCUGGGGUCGUUCUGAUAUGACCAUGGGUAUCAGAAGAGAUAAUCGCAUUGCAUAAUCCAUUGUUUGCUCUCUCUGAAAGCGUUACAAGGCUGAACUUUUGAGUACAAACAGCAUGCUUAUCCUUGUGGGUGCAGAGGGAAUAAUCAAAAGUCUGCAAGAAAUUAUCACGAGUCUUAUUUCUUUUUUGCCCCCUUAUUUUCUCGUUUUUGCUCCUGCAAACUUAAUCUAGCUAGUCAUACCUGUAAAAUAUGCAGAGGGUCUUUUGCCGAUUAUAGGCAUAUCGUUUUUGGUAGUAACUCUACUGUAUGAUGAUUUGGUACCUUGUAGGCCCAGUUGACCAGAAUGUUGGUCUGUAGAAGCUUAAUAUUAUAUCCCCUAAAUGCUUGGCCUUUAUUUGCGCCCCGACUUUAA